UUUCAUUCAAAAAUAUCAAUUUCAUAAUUGCAGCAGGCGUCGCUGCGACUAUCUGUAUUCUCCUACCAUGCCAAUGCCGUAUAACAAAACAAUUCUAAUUUGUGUCAGAAAAAUAACUGUUCAAUCGCCUUACUUACAUAUAUUUAUAAUAUCCCAUUGAAUUCAGCAAAAUAAAAAUAUCCCAUAUUUUGAAACCCCUUUGCAGUUGUUGUCUCGGCUAUUCAUAAGCAAAGACACGCAGGUAGGGGUCUAUAAACGUGAAAAAUAUAUAUUAAAAGGUUACAUAUAGAUGUCGCUGUUACGUACAAAGUGAGAGAACUCGUCCAAAUAAAAGUCUGUUUGUCGUAAAUAAACAUAGCAAAUGGUAACAAUCGUUUGACAAGGCGGAAACAUAUGACAUAUGUUGCAUGGGAGUGUUUCUGGUAGAAUUUUAGAUUUUUUUAAAAACCAUUCGUGAACACAUGACUUAAAACGCCGUUAACAUUUCAUUUGUCAAAUGACCCAUGUUAUCACUUGGCAGUGAUUAGCAGACGACCUGAGUUAUCACUUUUCGGUGAUUACUGUCAGUAUGGCUCCGUUCUCUGAUACUCUUGAUACAUAUUUUUUGGAUUUUUUGGCUGAAAAUUUAGAAAUUUAAAUCAAAUAGGAGAAUUUAUGUUAAUUUGUGAAUAAAAUAAACAAUUGAAAAUAUUAGCAAACCAAACAUAAACAAAUAAAAAGUGCAAACAUGUAUUUACUAAUUGUAUUUGUGAUAAAUUUCAUUUAUAAUAUUAAAGAUGCACUCGCUGCCAGCUCAAGCCUAAUGACCGGUACCCAUUGCCGAGACUAUAAUGGCAAACAAUAUGAGACGGGUAUGCAUUAUAUGCCCGGACCGGAUUCAUGCCGUUUGUGCAUUUGUGAUAGUGGUCUGCCGAAGGCCUGCAAAAUGGUUCUGUGUGAGGCUUUCACCAAAUGUAAAUCCUUUCAAACGGUUGGUUCGGGCAAUAACUGUUGCGAGGUCAUUUGUCUCGAUGAUCAGCUGGCCGAUGGCAGUACGGAUUUUGGGGUUUGACUAAUCGUUAGUGGCAUUACUGCCACGCUGUCACUGUCCAUGAUAUUUUUCCUUAUCAAUCGAUUUAGACGUAAGAAAUUGAGGGCCCGUGAAAAUCGGCAAACGGCAGAGGAUCAACGCAGCAUUGUGGGAAGUAUAGGUUAUAUUGCUGGCAAUAUGGGUUAUAUGGAGGGCAACCUCAGCAGCAUGGAUUACACAUAUGGUGGGGCAGCCCACUAUCCCUUGUGGAAGCCACCAAGUGGUUAUUUCCCACGCGGUGAAGCUCCACCACCCUACGAUGAGGCUGUGGCCAUAUCACAGGCGGAGGCUUUGAGUGCCCAGUGUGCUGCAGCUGCUGCGGCAGCUCAGGUAGCUGCCAAUCAGAGAGCCACCAUGGGCAUGAACUCUGUGGAGCUACAGACGGCGGAUAUUAAUCGCCGAGCCCAGCAAAUGCAACAAAUACAACAUCACGCCCAGCCUCAACAACAGUCCCAUGGCCAGAUGAGCCAUCAGACGGGCCAUGUUGUGCCCACAAUACAGGCCCAUGUCUUGGCCGCCCCACAGGGCCAGGUGUCUGCAGCGGCGGCGGCCAGCAACCAGCCACAAUCACAUCAAAUUACCCAAAGUACCACCAAUUUAAUAAAUAUCAAUAUAAAUAGUGGAGGAAAUAUAACCACCAUAGCCACCGGAGAGAACCAUCAACCACCCUAUAGUUUACAAGAUGAAGUAAAUAAUUCGGCUGCCGUAAUGCAAACAUCACAGCAAAUGCAAUUGCAGCAGCAUCAUCACCAACAGCAGCAGCAGCAACAUCAUCAGGCGCAGCAGCAGCAACAACAACAACAACAGCAAAUGUUGGCUGCCACGUCCACCACAUGUGUUGGGAAUAAUGCCAACAAUACAAAUCGCCUACACAUAGCCCAAAGUAAUUCCAUUUGUGUACAGACAAUGACACCAAUGGUCUCCCAACACCAGCAACAACAUCAAAUGGCUGUAACCCAACAACAACAGCAGCAGCAACAACAACAACAGCCAUCAACCACCCAAAGUGUUUUACAGUCAGCUCAAAUAAUGACAUCAACCCUGACGGCAAAUGCCUCAUCGGCAACGGCCUCCUUAAGUCGGCAACAGCAUCAUUCUGGGGCUGUGCAAAAUUUGGGAGGUUCCACAAAUGCCAAUGAUUGUGGCUAUAAAAACUGUCAUCUAAAUGGCACAACUGUGAGUAGCAGCAGCAGCGGUGGCAAUACUGUGUCACGUCGUUUACAGCGAGCCACAGAACCACCGCCCCUACAACAAUAUGUUGUCGAUGUGGAGGUGAAUGUAAGUCAAGGUUCUAGUCGUGGCUAUCACUCACUUCCUCCCUGUGCAAAUGGCAACGUUGCGGAGAGCGGUGAAGUAAUAGCAUCUCCUACCCAAUUUGGCAAUGCUUCACCAUCGCUGACAGCAGCCAUUUCAACGCCUGCCAUAGAUGUGGAUACAUCCAAUGCCACAAAUGAUCUUUCAACAUUUGCAGCAACAUCUUCGGAAAAUCAUCUUAUGCCAAUGUCAACAACAGGCCACAACACUUUGCCUCUGCAACAUUCUCAAUCCAGUAAAACAUCCAGCUCAAAUGGUGGCUCCAAGUCAUCAAACUCCUCCUCUAGCUCUUCGUCGAAACGUUAUCAUCGUACCAUGCCCAGAUAUUAUGCCGUUGCAGAUCCAUUAACGCAAAAUCUCAGUAGCAAAUCAUCCAAAGCCGAAGCCAAAUUGGCUGGUAAUUCAUCGGCCAACAGCAAUGCAUCGUCAUCCACAACCCCAUCUUCGAAUGCUUCCUCGUCGUCGGCCUCAUCCAAAAAGCCAACUUGUCAGUGCCCUGUACAGCAUGUGCCAAUGUCCUACAUGGGUUCCACACAACUUAGCAAUGCUCAAAAUGCCACCAACAAUGCAUUUUUCACUGUCCUUAGUAACAAAUUGAAUUCUAGCUCGUCUGCCUCGAAUUCACCCUCACCCAGUCAGCAUUCGUCAUCCUCGGCGCGACUGCAAGCUAACUCGAAUACCAAUUCCCUAAAUUACCCACAACAGAGAUCCACAAAAUCGUCACAAUCAUCGUCACAAACUGAUGGCAGCAGCAACAACAGUAUGAUACCAAAUUCUGCCAACAACACCAUGAAACGUUCAUCCAACGUCGGAGGACAUUGUUAUUAUGAGGGCAAAAUUGCCACCAUCUCGUCGGGUGAACUUAUAAAUUCAACAGGAUCGGCGUCGUCGGGUUCAAAUCUACAACAAUCUCAACAGCAGCAGCAUCAUCAUCAUGGCCACGCCCAUCACCACAGCCAUCAUUCGUCGUCGUUAAUGUUGCCACCCCAACAUCAUGACGACUCGUCGCCCAUAGUUUUGGGUCGUGUAACGAAACGUAGUUCCAGCAGCAGUGGUGAUCGAUUGCGUAGUGCCAGUAGCGGCAGUACACGAGCAUCGAUGGUAGAUAGUACCACGAUUACAUCGCCAGCAGCUGCUGCCUACUUGAAUAGCAAGGUUGAUGCCUAUUUGAGUUUUGCCCAUGGACCCGGAGCAGGCCACCACUUGAAAGGCUAUAACAAUGAUAUCAUGAAUCCAGCCUUACCACCGAAAUUACAUAAAAGUCUAACGAAUUUAAAGAGUUCAUCAUCCUCGUCGGGACACAAUAACAACCACAACAACCAUCACCAACAACAACAACAGCAACACAACAACACUAAUGUGAUCGCCGCCACCUCAGUUGGGGCAACAACAAAUACUUCACAUCGAAAUAGCUCAUCACAUAAAAUGAAUGAUGGCAACAACACUAACUCAUCCUCAACAUCUGGCAAUUGUUUGAAUAACCACCCAUCGGGCGCCUAUUCCAAUAGUAGUAGUUCCAAUCACAUCAAUCCCUCCUCCCCAUAUUCGGCAGCAGCAUCUUCUUCAACGAACACCUGCUCCUCGUCCUCUUCCACAACCGCUGUACAAACCAUUUAUACACUAAGUAAGCCCUCUGCUUCUUCCUCCUCCACCUCCUCGUCCUCUUCCCCAUCAUCGGCUGCUCUAAUUGGCCUGACCACCAACACCACCACCUGCACAUCUACACCAUCUACGAAUCAGCAACGACAGCAAAUGUCAGCCAACAACAAGGAUCAUCAUGAUCACAUUAUGAAAAUACAGCCCCCCUCAUUGACACUACCAUUGAGUACUACGUCAACCACAUCCUCGUUCACCAGUUCCACCAGUAAAAUUAACUCUUCAACAUUUUAUCCUUUGCAAAACAAUGUUACAUACACGCUGCCAAAGAAUGUGGGAGGUGGUAAGAUGUCGCUCAAUAGCACCAUCAACAGUGUGGUCAGUAAGGUGCCGUCGGUCAUUAGUCUACCGCCGACGGGCAGUGAGCAAGCGAACAACAACUACUACCAUGGCCAUGGCUAUGGUGGUCUACUGCCAGCCGCCGAUACGGCCUACAAUAGUCAUCAGUAUUUAAACGAAAUGCAUGGAUCCCAAUCCACGCCCUCAUCCGCAUCAGCGUCUGCAACAACAUCCAAGAGUACUACACUGCCAAAGAUAUUACGUUCGAAACAACGCGAUGUACACAAUUCCAGCCUAGCUCCCUCGAAUAUCAAUUGUAAUCAGUCAGCAAACAAUGCCACAGCAACAAUGUCGUCGUCUUCGCCCUCCUCCGCCAACAAUCAAUAUGCGGUUUCGCAGUGUUCUAUGCCAGCUUAUCCAAAACAGCAGCAUCAUCAACAGCAGCAGUAUGUCUCCAAUUCUGCCAAUUCCCCCUCCACAUUGUCAAAUGGUGCCUCAUCAUCUUCAGCUGCUGCUGCUGGCAGUAAUAACACCAAUGCCCAGCAGCAACAACCAACCAAUAUUAAUAAUAUGCAAACCCAAACCAUAACAUCCACAUUGGCUGUUAAUUAUUGUCCAGAGGAUUCUCAUUUGAAUGGGCCACCACAUUCACAUAAUUCUUCUUCAUCUCCGUCGAAUAGUAAUAAUGUCGGGCGUUCCAACUCACCCUUUGCCGCUGCUGCUGCAACAUCGCCAAACAAUAGCAAUUCACACGCAACAAAACAAUUACCUGUGUGCACCACAUCCAAAAACUGUCUAAAUCCCAAGGAACAUUUUCUACCCAACGACACCAGUUUGGAUGAUGACUAUCUGAGCGAAUGUGAAAAUUGUAAAAUAGCCCAAAGCUCGAAAUACUAUUUGAAUGCGGAGGCAUUGACAAAUGUGGGCGGGGGACCCCAGGAGACAAUGACACUGCAACGCAAAUCAUUGGAGGAAUGUAAAGAUGAACCGGAUACGGGAUAUUAUCGCAUCUCGCAUACAUUGCCAACAAAUUCGAAAAAGAAUGCCCCCGUCAAAACUAAUAAUCGUGAUCAAUGGUUUUCAACUAUACCAGCUGCUAGUUCAUCAUCCGAAGAGGAUAUCAAUGAAUGAGAUUUAACACAUUUUCUUUAGUAUUUAAUAAAGACGCUAGAGAGAAAAUAAGUGCGACAGUAAAAAAGCAAGCGAGCGGGCAAGCAAGCAAGCUAGGAAACACGUAAGCAGCUAAAGUUUAAUCUUAAAAGAAACACAACAAAAAACGCAUACCAAAGUUCUAUACAAAAACAAAUAGAUGUUGUUAAAUUAAAAUUAAUGAAAAAAAAUUAAUUAAAUAAUAAUGGUAUUAUUUGCAAACCUAAGAACAAAAAAUAAAUUUCAAAUGAAAUGCAGAACAAAAAACAAAAAGAUUCAAAAUAGUAAGAAAAUAGAAAAAUUAUGUGAAUUUUUAAAUAGUUCAUAGAUGAGCAAAGAAAUAAGACACACACACACAAACAAACAAACAUGGACAACACAUCAACAUAUUAAAACGUAAAUGCAAAAAGUUUGAUGUUUGAAUAAAAUUGUAAAGUUUUGAAACGAAAUUAAAUGCCAGUCAGUACACUGUGUGUGAGCUAAAGAAAUGUGUAUCUUUCAUGAGUCGUCGAUUGUGUAAAUUUGAUAUUUUGUAUUCAAAUCUAACUCUUCGGAGGUAAAUCUUAACUUGUAGCAACCUCACUGUUGUCACAGAAUGUACGGCAGCCAAAUAGUAAAAUAGAACACUGGGCUUCCCGAAUCGUGGAUUCGACUGUCAUCGUAGAGUUUCUAAUAAAAAUAUUGUAAAAAAUUGAUAAAAAAUAAUGUCCCAUUAGGCUUUUAUUGUCCCCCUAUUUUUUUAUACCCUCAGCCAAUAUGGCUAGAGAUACGGUCAAAACGUGCCCAGUCAAAAUAACGGUUUUAGACCCUAGGUCUCUUUGUACCAAAUCCGUUUCAGGAUAUUUGGAGUCAAUCUAGCGAAGUACGUCCAUCCGUCUGUCUGACGCACAAUACGCUCGAAAGGAGUAUACGAUAUGGUCCAAACUUGGUGAUGUACCAAUAUUUUUGUCAAAUAGAUCGAGUUCGUAGAUGGGCAAUAUCGGUCCACUCCGACAUUUUCAAAAAAAUAUAUUUUUUCUGUACAGAAAUGGAAACCAUAAUUCGAUUUUGCUCCAACUUUGCGAAUCCUAAUAUUUGCGUCAGUGCUAGAUCAGGUGCGACAAUGGACAAUAUCGGUCCACUCCAUCAAGUACCUCCCCCCAAAGAAGGGUCAAAAUUUUGAAUACUUAUGACUCUCAUAAAAUGUGAUGUACGUUGUCUUCUAAUUUCACACAUCCCAAUAUUAAAAUAAAACAUUCGAAAUUAACUUUCAUGGAAGAUACAUCGAUUCUACUCGCAGAGUGUUAAUAUUAAGUUAAUAUU